AUGGCAUCGAAUAGAAGAGUUGAUGUGCAAAGAAAAAGCGACUACCUCUCAGGGGGCGUAGACGGCGGUGAUGACCCUGGUGUUGCCCAUCUCGAACAGCGCCGACCCGUCAGCCCUGGAGAAGAUGUCGACCUCGCCCUUGAGCUGCCGCAUUUGCAAGGCAAGGCAGCAAAUAGGAAGAAUCAGAGGCAGUCGAGCCAGCAUGAAGAGGAUGAGGCUGCACUGCUAUGGACAAGAAGAUUUUAG